CUUUUUACAUACCUACGUCUAUUAAUGGUUUCGGCUAGUGCUUAUCUUGAAGAACACGAGCAACCUUUGACAUACACAUCGAUUUUUCGGACCGCUGAUACAAAAUUGAUGACUGCCCCGACAAAGCCGUAUCCAUGACACAAAUCUAUUGACCUGGGAGCACGUGCGUCCUCAAUGUUCAGCUGGGUAUUUAACACGUCGCAGACUCCAAAGACAGACCAGUGGAAGCACCAUGAGUCUUUUAAAAAUCCCCUUCCUCGUAGCCUCAGCCAUUGGCGUCCAAAUUUCAUUCACUACUUCUUCUCCGCCACCGUCAUCUGAAGAGAAGCUGAAGCCCACCAGGUUGGAAGCCUCCUUUAGCUCCGGUAUGACGACUUUCAUACUGGAGAUUCUCAAGGUUAGCGCAUAUACAACACUGUCUGCCGAGGCGGUCAACAUCAUUGCCAUAUAUAUAGAUCCCUCGAAAAUUCCGGAGGGGAUCUAUGGCGCCCGUGAAGCUGUGCAGCUUCUACGCUCUCUUCAUUCCACGCCAAUCACUCCCACUUUUCUUGCGUGCAAUCUUGCCAUCGUGAUCGGGGGCAUGUUGAGGUUUUACUGUAUGUCGACGUUGGGAAAGUUUUGGAGCUUCCAACUCAGCAUCAGAAAAGAGCACAAACUUGUGACGAAUGGGCCGUACUCUGUCGUCCGCCACCCAAGUUACACCGGUUGCCUUCUCCAGUCUAUUGGUAUCAUCGUUAUGUACGGAAGCCCAGGGUCAUGGAUGUGGCAGUCUGGGAUUCUACAAGUGCCUUUCAUGACGGCGCUAGCGGUCGUUGGCUGCCUCAUAUAUACAUUCGCUGUCUGGAUUUGCAUCAACCGACCUGCCAUAGAGGACAAGAUAAUGCAAGGUGCUAUGGGAGAGGAAUGGGAGAACUGGGCGGAGAAGGUGAGAUAUCGAUUGCUUCCUGGGGUCUAUUAGUUAUCUACAUACCGAAUGCUUUGUUUGCUUUCCGU